GUAAAAGAAAAAAAAAAACUAAUGUUGUCUUACUAGACGAUUCAACUUGCAAUGACCUCGGAACAACCCAAUUAGGACUGUUCGCCGGCUUCUCGCCAUGGCGACUUUAUCCUCUUCUUCUUCGGUAGAACUGCCACCGCAACAUACAGUUUUCAUCCUUUAUAACGGAUCACGCAUGGGAUUCAUCUACCAUCUCAUCAUGGCCUUGGAAAAAAAGAACAUUAACGUCUUUGUGGGCUUCAAUGGAUGCAUAUGCGAACCAGUAGAAAGACUAUCGAACAGAAUAGAGUCGAUAAUCGUUCUGGUUAUCUUCACCAGCAGGUACACAGAAUCAAAAUGGUGCUUGAUGAAGCUGGUAGACAUCAAUAAAUGUGCGGAGAAAGACCAUCUGGUGGCUAUUCCGAUCUUCUACAAGUUGGAUCCCUCCACCGUCAGAGGCCUGAGCGGACAGUUCGGUGAUGCAUUCAGGGAUCUGAGAGAAAGUACUGGAUUAAUGGAAAAGUGGAAGGAAGCUUUGAAGUCGAUUUCCGACAGACCGGGUAUCAGGGUGGAUAAGAGCAGCCCCAAGGCCAAGAGAAUCGAAAUAGUUGUGAAGAAGGUGUUGAGCAGAAUUCCAUCGGAGGGAAGCCAUAACGCUUCUGUAGAUCCAUUAGAAAAUAGUGACACUCGACUAACUUCCUCGGGCGAAGAAAAUAGGACUUUUGGAAUCAAAGAAAGACUGAAAGAAUUUAAAGACAAGUUGGAUCUCAAUAAAAUGAGAAGUCAGCUAGGAAUGGUAAUAGGUUGUCUUUUGGUUCUCUUUUUUGUUCUGAAACAAAGUGCUUAUACGAGCACACGUUUAAUAGGUGAGGGCGGUGCCAUCGGUGCCAUCAGUGCCAUCGAUAGAAUUGCGGACAAUGUACCAAAAAUACGGGAGUACGUUCCUGAAGAGGGAACAGAGAAACCAAGAGACACAUAUACUGAAUUUCAUACUGGUAAAUAUGGAACAAAGCCCGAGAGAUCUUCUUCUGACGUUAAAACAAAUGCCGAUCUCCUUGAUAGAACUUUCACUGACACGCGAAUGGACGGUAAAGUCAAGCCACCGAAAUUUCAAGUUUUCAUCAAUUUCCGCGGAGAUCAGUUGCGCAACAAUUUCGUCGGCUAUCUCGUUGAUGCACUUCGAAGAAGUGAGAUCAACGUUUUCAUAGAUAAUCAGGAGCAAAGAGGUGAAGACCUCAACACUCUUUUCAAGAGGAUCGAAGAUUCUGGUAUUGCCAUAGUUGUGUUUUCGAGUAGGUACACAGAAUCAAAAUGGUGCUUGGAAGAGCUUGUGAAGAUUAAAGAACGUGUGCACCAAGGCCUUCUCAAGGUGCUUCCCAUCUUCUAUAAGGUGACUCCAACCAAUGUGAAAAGACCUAAGGGAGAGUUUGGUGACCAUUUCAGAGAUAAAGAGUACAUGUACGAGUCUGAUGAGCCUAUGAUAAAGCGAUGGAAAGAGGCGAUCGUGUUUAUCUCCCAUAGGUUUGCCCUGACUUUGGAUGAAAAAAGUUCCUCGGAAAUGUUAGACACAUCGUUACAUAUGUAUGUGCACGCUCGUGUGUGGAAUUUGAAAGAACUCAUCUCGACCUUUUUAACAAAGUGUAGCAGCGCAUUGGAGAUUGAUUUUGUUGAAACUAUCGUCAAGGAGGUCUUGAAAAUUCUACAAGCCAUAUGCAAAGUGGAAAGUAGCCAAUCCUCUUUUUGUGCGGAGAAAGCCUGA